AUGUGGACUCUGACUCCCGCCUUGACGGUGUCCUAUGAAGUCAAGUGUGCAUUUCUGUUCCUUUCAGUCCUAGAGUUUGCUGUGGGGAUCUUAGCCAAUGCCUUCAUUUUCUUGGUGAAUUUUUGGGACAUGGUAAAGAGGCAGCCACUGAGCAACUGUGAUCUUGUGCUGCUGUGUCUCAGCGUCACCCGGCUUUUCCUGCAUGGGCUGCUAUUUCUGAAUGCCAUCCAGCUUACCCUCUUCCAGCAGACGAAAACCCCGCUGAGCUACAGCUACCAAAUCAUCAUCGUGCUCUGGAUGAUCACAAACCAAGCCAGCCUCUGGAUGGCCACCUGCCUCAGUCUCCUCUAUUGCUCCAAGAUUGUCCGUUUCUCACACACCCUCCUGCUCUUCUUGGCCAGCUGGAUCUCCAGGAAGGUCCCCCAGAUGCUCCUGGGUGCUAGUCUUUUCUCCUGCAUCUGCAGUGUCCUCUGUUUGUGGGAUUUUUUCAACAGAUCUCACUUCACAGCCACAGCUUUAUUAUUCAUGAAUAACAACAAUACGGGACUUGAUUUGCAAAUUGCAAAACUCGAUUUCUUUUAUCCCUUUGUCUUCUGCAAUCUGGUGUCUAUCCCCCCUUUCCUAUUUUUUCUGGUUUCUUCUGGGGUGCUGAUCGUCUCCCUAGGGAGGCAUAUGAGGACAAUGAAGUCCCAAACCAGAGACUCUUGUGACCCCAGCCUGGAGGCCCACAUCAGAGCCCUCAAAUCACUUGUCUCCUUUCUCUGCUUCUACGUGGUGUCCUUCUGUGCUGCCCUCACCUCAGUGCCUUUACUGAUGCUGUGCCACAACAAGAUCGGGGUCAUGGUUUGUGUGGGCACAAUGGCAGCUUGUCCAUCUGGACAUGCAGCCGUCCUGAUCUCAAGCAAUGCCAAGUUGAGGAGAGCUGUGGAGACCGUUCUACUCUGGGCUCAGAGCAACCUAAAGGUAAAGACAGACCACAAGGCAGAUCCCAGGACACUUUGCUGA